CCGAACGUAGGCGGUCCUUGUGAAAAUGGCGGAUUAUUCACUGUCGCACCGACUCUAUACUGUAUAAAAUAAUUGCGUUAAUUAUAUGUGAAUUUUAUGUGAAAAUGUGAUAUUGAUGAAUUAAAACCUCUGGUGUAGUGUUGUUAAAGUGUGUUGCAUCAUGUGUCGGACAGGGAUAUGCCGUUUUGGGUUCGCUAACUGGAUUUUCUUGAUGGGCUGCCUACGUUUGUUUACAUACGCUAAAGGCGGUGAAGAGCUCCAGCAUGAUCCCGGAGUCCGAUUCUUGGUGGAGCCAAACGACGAAGUGGUGCUAGAGGGAGACAAAGUUAUGUUGUCCUGUUCUGCCGCCUCCAAACACGCAGUCACUCUGAGCUGGCGGUAUAGCACCACUGGUCUACCUACUAGAGAGCAAGCUCACACCACAAAUGACCAGCACAGAAAACAGUUGCUGAACGGUUCGCUAGUGAUAGAGAACAUGUCUAAAGCAUUAACGGGUCAGUACCAGUGUGUGGCUAGCGUCCGCAACGUCGGCACCAUAGUCUCCAGGGUGGCGACCGUGUUCUUAGCUGAGUUGCCGUCGUUGUUGUCUGGUCCUCGGUGGGUGUCGGGCGUGGUGGGCGCGCCUGUGUUGUUAUCGUGCGGGAUAUCCGUGCCGCCCAGGCUCAACCUGCGGCUGCUGUCGCCCGCGCCACCAGACCGACGCGUCUACCCGCCCACUAAAACACAUCACGCGCCACCUACAUUGCUACUCAAUGUGACGUGGUUGCGGGGCGGGGUCGCGGUGGCGGCGGAGGCGGGCCGCGUGUCCGUGUCGGCGAGCGGCGCGCUCGAGCUGGACCCGCUCACCGCCGCCGACGCCGGAGCGUACCGGUGCCGAGUCACGCUACCCCACCGACCACACUUGCACAGGUUGAGUGAUGAGAUUGAAUUGAAAGUGAAUGCUGAUACAGUGACGGAGUACGCGCCGCGGUUUGUCGCAACACCACAGACCAUCACCGUACUAGAAGGUGCGUCGGUGACGUUCGAUUGUGCGGCAGUGGGCAAUCCUAAACCAGAGAUGACGUGGCUCAAUAACGGGGUAGAAAUCGACCUCAACGACCUGGACUCGCGGUUCUAUCGCUGGGGCUGCGGGUCCCUGCGCGUCCAACAGGCGCGCGCCCUCGAUGCCGGCUCAUACACCUGCCGCGCUCACUCCAUACUGGACUCCGCUGACGCCGCCACUACUCUGCACGUGCUCACUGUACCGCGCGUGUCCACGGGGGAAAGCAUUGUGGAGGCGCGUGCGCGGGGGACGGCCCUCUUACCAUGCAACGUGCGUGGCAAGCCCACGCCCACCGUCACGUGGUACAAAGACGGGGAACCGCUCACGCCCAACCAGCAGGACCUCGUGCUGCUCGACGGAUGGUCGCUGCGCAUCCAGGGCGUGCUGAGUGUGGACGCGGGCAUGUUCCAAUGCGUGGCCUCUUCGCCCGCCGGCACCGCGCACGCGAUCAUACGGCUAUUGGUCACCCAGCAUACUACCGACGGUAACGCACCAAUCUAACAUUCAGAUCACACGUGACAUGUUAUUUUAUUUCUCCUUUAUUUAGUUCAUUGCACAUUUCCUUUAUUCUCCCUUACUAUCUAUUUAUCUAUCUAUAAUGAGUUGACUUCGGUUUAUCCUUUUAUGUUUACGAUUGUUUGAGAUUUAAUUUUUUUUCUUUUGUUAAUUUGUCCACAGAAGUCGACAUUAACACUAACGUGACCGGUACUCCAAAAGGUUUCGUAUCGAAAUCUUCUCAUAAUUUAUUAAUACCACCCAUAUCAUCUAAAUAUCCAAAAAAUCCAUUUUCAUAUAAAAACUCUACUCAAGAUAUUUUUAAUAGUUUGAUAUCCUCGGGACAUUUUGGGGACCAAAACGCAGACGACGGUAUCGAAGGUUCUGACUUUCUCGGCGAAACAUCGUCGGCUUUCACUUCGGGUCCCGAACUCGAAUAUGAUUACGACUACGACUCGGAUCUAGAUAAUGAUUUGGAUAAUUCGUUUCACGCUGCCAAAGAAUUGGAUUUAGAUUCGCUGAAGACUGUGAACGCGAGCGUCAUCUCUCCGCCUAAAAGCUUAAAGGCGGUUAUCGUGAAGCACAGAUUUGUAACGUUGAGUUGGGAAGAACCAGAAGUGAAGAAUGAAGACAUAGUCGGCUAUGCUAUAAUCUACAAAGUGAAGGGGAGCGAAAGGGAGCAGAUGUCUACCGGUGUGGGCGGGCGGCAUGAAAUGAACGUCCCGUCGCUGCAGCCCAAUACCACAUAUCUGUUUCGCGCACUAGCGUACACCGCACACGCGCGAUCCACGCCCACGCUCGUGAGUGUUCCGAUAUCGUUCCUGUUGUUUCAUACGUUUAUACUCGUAUACACUGUAAAGUAGUUUAUUGGUAUUUUUAAUUU